AUGAAAGCUCUUACUUUAAUCCUCGCAUUCUCCAUUAUCGUUGCUUAUUCACAUGCAACAUCAACAUUGCUCACUCUUCUUCAAUCUCAAAUUAAUCAAUAUUCCACACUUAACCUUACCCAACAACAAAUUAAUGAGACUAAACUGGUGGGAAUGUGCUCUUACAAAAUCACUAUAAAGACAAGCUGUAAUUCUCCAAAAUAUUCUAGAGAUACAAUUGGUAUUUUAUUUGGAGAUGCGGAUGGCAAAGAGAUUACUGUGUUGAAAGUAGAUCCUGAGACUGAGUUAUUCCAGCAGUGCGAGACACUUAUAUAUGAGGUGUUGGGACAUUGUAUUGGCAAAAUUUGCAAAUUAUAUGUUGCUAGGGUUGGAUUGGAUGGUUGGAUGCCAGAGACUAUAAUCGUAUAUGACCAUAAAGACCUACCUAUCAGAUUCAAUUACAAUUAUUUCAUUCCUGAGGGUAUACGCCGGGGCUCUGAUUAUUGUGGACAUCAAAUUUAG